GCAGCCUGUCGCUUGUCCACAAGUGUCGGCUGCCAUCCCCUGGCCAGCGCCACGCCGGGCGGGUGUCCAUCGCCCGGGAAAGCAAAAGGCUGCACUUCCAGCAGCAUGACAAAUUCCUGCUUCCUCGGAGAUCCUCAUUUCCAGUUUCCAGCACGCGUGGAAGGAGGAGCAGCUCGCCCCUGUGACCCAGAUGGGCGCGUUUGUAUGCGGGUGCUGUGCCCCGUCCGCUGCAUCCCAGCUCGGCGACAGGCUUGGCACGUCAGCAAAAUGCCAAGGGCUUUCACGUGGGGAGAGGUGUUCAUGAGAAACUGCUCUGUGGAGGAUUUGGGUCUAAAAGAGAAAGGGCUAAUUCUUCGUUUUCUUCUGUGCAGGUAAACGAGCUCCGCAGGAGUCCUUGGUACAAACCUGGUAGCACAGGAGAAGAGCCAGCUCACGAGUCCCUGCAGGUCCAGGCUCACGUCCCGCAGAUGGUGACUCCUCGCUCGUUCCUUCUGCCCCGGUCGCGUGAGCGUGGGCAGAAACCCUGCAGGCAUCUCAGGAGGAUGGAUGCCUCGGAAGCAGCUUGCCUUAACCAGAUCCAGCUCCUUGGGUGACUCCUACAGGCCACAAAGACACCUCGUUGCUAUAUUAAAAGAAGAUAAAGAGACAUUUGGGUUUGAAAUCCAGACUAUUAGAUUUCCGUACCAAAAUGAUUGCUCCCUGGACAUAUACACUUGCGUCUGCAAAAUUCAGGAAGAAAGUCCUGCCCAUCUUUCUGGCCUUCAAACUGGCGAUAUCCUCACCAGUAUCAACGGCGUGAACACUGAUGGUUUUACUCACAAGCAAAUAGUAGACUUGAUAAAGUCUUCAGGGAACUAUUUAAGGUUAGAGACUGUCAACGGGGCCGCGUUUCUGCGGAAAAUGGAGCUCGAGACCAAGCUGCAGUUGCUGAAGCAAACUCUGCAGCAGAAAUGGGUGGAGUUGCGAUCUCUGCUCUUACAGGAACAGCGCUUGCUGCAUGGGGAGGUGAACGACAACGCUCUGCUGGGCACGCUGGAGCUGGAAGAGUCCGGCUUGCUCGGCGGGUGCAGCACGCUGGGACCCCUCUCUCCAAUGAAGCCCCGCUUCUCCAGCGAGAGCAGCUCCCGCAGCCGGCUGAGCUCGAUGACCGUGGACAGCGAGGACAGCUUCUACCAGAGCAGUGCCUUCGAGGAUUCAGCUGCAGAGAGCCUGAGCCGCCAGUCGAGCAUGGAUGACGACUGCUUCUUCCCCAGGGACGGAGACAGUGCUGCCGGGAGGUGCUCCCUGCGGAGGAACCGCAGCAUCAGCCUGGCCAGCAGCGGGUCCAUGUCCCCGCUCUGGGAAGGAAGCGGCUGCACCAGCAGUUUUGGGACCCUCCCGCGGAAAGGCAGGAGAUCCAGUGUCCGAAGGCAUUUUUUGAAAUUCAUUCCAGGCCUUCACCGGGCGGUGGAAGAGGAAGAAAGUCGUGUCUGACAUCGCACGUCAUGUGUUGAUGUCUGGGGCUCUGCACGUGGAACUGCUGCGUGGCCGGGGACCGAGGGCAGAGCUCACCCAGAAGCACGCAGUGGGUGAGGCGCAGUGGCGCUGCAGGGCAGUCCUCCAAACAACCGUGCUGACAGUAUUUAAAAAGCUCUGGGUUUUUUGAUUGUUUUAGUUUUUAAUCAGAGCGCACCGUGGACCUCUUCAUUAACGUGAAAAAUGAGUAACUCUGAAAUGUGAAGAACCUUUGCAGAACUUCCUCAGCAUUCUUUAGCGUUAAUAACAUUUUUUAAUUGAAUGUAAAAUUGAUAGCUAUUUAUUGCCUGUUUCCAAAGUCAUAGUCUUCCAAAGGUCUUUAAUAAAGCAAGUGC